UCAUUAAUCAUUGGGUUUGCAAUGCAAAGCUCAUGAAAGCAGCGCUGGGUUGCGGACGAGGAGCUGGACUGGACUACUGGCUGGAGCCUGGAGGAGGGUGAGCAGAGGGGGAGGACGGCUGCUGGAGGCGGACGAGGAGCCCCGCAGAGGCAGCUCGGCCGCCGGAAGAUGGGAAGCACUGGUGGGAACUGCAAAAGGUGGUGGGAUCACCAAGAUAGGGACUGCAAAAACAAUGAGAAAAUGAGAUUCCAUGUUGUAGCUGAUGAAGAUUCCAGGAGUUUUAUGCGCAUACCUCAGGAGUUUGGAAGCUAUUUAAGAAAAAUCAUUUCUGACACCAUCAAGCUAAAUGCUCCCAAUGGUUGCACCUAUGAUAUUGCGGUUUGUAGGGAGAUGGGUGAGAUAGUUCUUCGGUCUGGCUGGGAUGUGUUUGCCGAUGCUCAUAACUUGGAACAAAAUGACUAUCUUGUGUUCAAGUUUUGUGGGAGCUCGAGCUUUAAGGUCCAUAUAUACAGUUCAUGUGGUGGUUCCCAGAAGAUCACUUCCUGUGUUAAUCCAGAUCCUGAGAUCCUAGAAGAUGUUCCUCCCUGUACUACUUCUGAUCAUCACGUUCCAAAUGGAAAUGAGAUACCUCAUCCUGGACAUGUUCAGACACCAGCUUGUUUUGAGUAUUUCACGUCAGGGGGCUCUCGUUUAACCAAGGCACAAGACAAGAAAGUUUUGGAAAUGGCUCGGACAAUCAAGUCUGAAAUUCCUGUAUACGUGGCAGUCAUGAACAAAAGCAAUGUUGACUUGAAUGGUUGCUCUAUUAGAAUUCCAUCUAUACUCAUGGAAGAUGUUACAGAGGAGGUUUUUAAAGCUACUGUUAAACUAGAAGCCUCUGAUGCCAAUUUAUACAGUGUUUCAGCUACCCGGCAGUGCAAUGAUGAAAUAGUUCUUCAGUCUGGAUGGGAUACUUUUGUGGUUGCUCAUCACGUCCAAGAGCGUGACCUCAUCAUCUUCAGACACAAAAGGAAUUCUCGCCUUGAAGUUUUCAUCCUUAACCCAAGUGGUCAUCAGAAAAACACUUCAUGGUUUGGCAUGCAAGACGUUUCCAAUACCCAACAAAUGUGUGAUGAUUCAGUGGAAAUAGUCGAGCCACCCCAUAAAAAAGUUGGUAUCAUUGAUGUGAGCAGCAGUUCUGAUGACGAGAAAAAUGUGGCAGCAUACAGUGCAAAAUCAGCUAGGCGCCAGAAGCAGCAAUUGGGCCAUUUUGCGAAAACCAGGAGGAUGGCUUCAACUUCCUGCCCAUCUAUUAAAUCAGAGCAUGAUCGGUUCCUCCUCAAUUCCAACAACUGUGAGGGGCCUACGAGGCCUCCCUAUAUUAUAUCAAACAAGGUAACUCUAUCGAGAGUGCAGGAAAAGAUGGUAUUAGAGAAAGUUCAAGCAAUCCGAUCUAGAUUUCCAAUCUAUGUGGCAGUAAUAAACAGAAGCAGUGCUGCUGAAAGAAAUAACCGUUCCAGAAUGAUAUUUAGCAAUGAAUAUUCUAGAAGAUGUCUUCCGUCAGCAACCCAUGAUCUGACUCUUCAGCUGGAGGGUUGCUGGGGCAAGCAGUGGCACACCUUGCUGCACGUUCAGGGUGGUGACAGUAGGUCUCGUGGCGUGCGAAGGAUUUCCCGUGGCUGGGCUCAAUUCGUCCGCGAUAAUCGUCUCGUGCUGGGAGAUAUCUGUCUGUUCGAGAUGGAGAAGGCCACGAGGUGUCUCAGGAUGAAAGUGCAUCUCAUUCCGAAGGCAUGAGCACAUAUAUGGAGCUGUAUCUGGUGCAGUCAGAAAGAGCUGGAGCAGAGUGGACGCACUGCAGUUGCUGUUCUGUCCAUGCCUCCAUGGUGGAAGAUCCAUAUGUGAACUCCAUCUGUGAUUGCUAGUGCCGAGCAUAUAAUUCAUUAGAAGAAGGAUGCAAGUGCAGGUGGAUACAUCAAGAGCAUCCAUUUCAUCUAGUAUUCUUGCAUAACUAUUCACACGAUCAAUUGGGCGCUAUAUGGCUUGCACACAACUGAUUCAGUGUAUCAUUGCAGCUGACUAUAUGCAAAGUACAUAUAUAGCAUGCUAUGCAAGAAUCAAGUGCGUAAGAAGAACUGAUUUUUUAGUGCUGUCGUGUGCUCAAGAAGAAUCAAAUUAGAAAAAAAUAUGUCAACAGGUGAAGCUUGAGAACAGAGAGAAGUAAACAUGAAGUUCGGAAAAGAAGACAUGACACAGUUUUUUAUUCACUAUAUACAACUUUAUUUGCAAAUUAUUUGCUUAUUGCCUGGAAGCAGAAUUUCUUGCACUA